CGAGUGCGAGCUGCUGUCACUGACACUCUUUUUUUUGACCAGCUCGCUCAAAACCUCGCUCUCGCCGCACCACCUGCACUAUGAAAUCGUGACAGCCGACUUACUGCCUGCGACCCGCUGAAUUGAGCACCGUAUUUAUGUAUUGAUGGGAGCGCAAUUAUCACUUUAUUACUAAACUAAAUCACGAGCCGUCUCGCUCCAUCAGACCAUAUUCGCGCAGGAGCCUCUUCUCCAGUCGUGCUGUUAUUUGAUUGCUCUUGGAGUUUGAUCCAUUUUGCUCAUACAUACAGGAAAUUGAGGCAUCGAUCUUCACUCUCAUAUCUUUCGGCCACUUUUUAUUGUGAUAAAAUGGGAGGUGAUGCGAAGAAAUUGUCGAGAUGGUACUUUGGAGGGGUUGCUUCUGCCGGAGCAGCUUGUUGCACUCACCCUUUGGAUUUGCUGAAAGUCCACCUCCAAACACAACAAGAGGGCAAGUCAAGUUUGGGACGGAUGGCGGCAACCAUCGUGCGUCAGCAAGGAGUUUUGGCACUGUAUAGUGGUCUGUCGGCGUCACUCUGCAGGCAGUUGUCAUAUUCAACAACCAGAUUCGGCAUUUAUGAGGCGGCAAAACAAGCGGUUGCUCCGUCUGGUGAGGCCAUUCCAUUUUAUCAGCGGGUUGCCCUUGCUUCCCUAGCAGGAGCUGCAGGAGGCUUUAUUGGCACACCUGCUGACAUGAUCAAUGUCAGAAUGCAAAACGACAUAAAACUGCCACCCGAAUCAAGAAGAAACUACAAGCAUGCAUUUGAUGGUCUAUGGAGGGUUUAUCAAGAAGAGGGAGUGCGCCGACUCUUUGCUGGGGCCACUACUGCCACAAGCAGGGCCGUUCUCAUGACUGUGGGCCAAUUGUCAUUUUACGACCAAGUCAAGCUGAUGCUCCUUGCAUCAGGCUAUUUUGAGGAUAAUCUUAUCACACACUUCUUGUCCAGCCUCACAGCAGGAGCUGUUGCAACUACCAUGACACAGCCACUAGACGUGAUUAAGACGCGAGCUAUGAAUGCCCAGCCAGGAGAAUUCAGGAACCUAUGGCAUUUGAUAACAUACACUGGAAAACUUGGCCCGCUUGGUUUCUUCAAGGGCUACGUACCUGCGUUUGUUCGUCUUGGGCCGCACACAGUUCUUACGUUUGUCUUCUUAGAACAACUGAGAAAGAACCUAGGAGUCACUCCUCCAAGUGCUCCUCAGUAAGCAGUGGGUUCUGCAUUUUUAGAUUUGAUGUUAUCCAAUUUAUGAAGUUUUCUGUUUAAUGAGAUUUUUCGCACAAAAAUUAAAUUGAGAGCACACAAAUACAAUAUUUUAACAAUAGAAGCGUGCCAUAUUUUUAGACGCAAUGUCGAGCAUUGAGAUUUUCGUCGAGACAUUUAUUUAAAAAUGAACAACUAUAUUUUCCAAAAACUCUUAACUCCUCUGCCAUAGCAUAACAUUUUAUAUGUUCAUUUUCAUCGUUCUUCAUCAUGCUGAAAUCUACUAAUGAUGUUUGUGAUUGGAAUAGCUGAUAGUGUCAUGGCUAAAAGUGAUUAAAAUUAAUUUGAAUAGAUACUUAGAUAGUUGAUGUCUUUAGAUAGGAGCUGUGAUAAAAUUCGUCGAGAUGUUAUUACUGUACAGAUUGCUACUGGUCUAAAAAAAACUUGCUGCCUUAAGCAAUCUAAAAUAAUUUAAAAAAAAAUUGUUGAAUUCAAAAUCACUAGCUUGGUUUAAAGUUAAAAUUUUAUUUGAUAAUCAGUGAAUUGCACCAACAGCUAGUGUGUAUAUGAUCAUGACUUUAUAGGAUGUUUUUACUUCACUGUACUGAAACAAUUAUCAACAGUAUAUGUGAGAAAGAUAUAUUUUAAUUAAUUUUCCGUAAUAUUCAAGCUUCUCCAUUCCAGCGCUAUAAUUAUUGUAAUUUUUGCUCAUUUUAAUUUUUUCCCUAGCCAAAGAAGUUGUAACGUGCAUAAUAGUUUCUCUUGUUAAAUCAUGCUGAACAUUCUCCUUUAAAGCUGUUGUUAUUGGAAUUGUUUUUCUCUUUUAUACAUUAUCGACUUUUAAUUCUUGUUAAAGAUUGAAUCACACAAUAAAAUGUAUGAAAAAAAAUAUAAUUAUGAUGAUUAAAAUGAGAUGUUAUAAAAUA